CUGAAGCGGAAUGCAUAGAAACAUAUAAUUGUAACGAGUUAUUAAGGUCAUCAAUUCAUGCGUCUUAUUUCUUAAUCGUAUUUAUCUGUGAAGCUUAUUGAAAAUUGCGGAGUGAGCGAAUAAGCUAUAUAGACAAUGCAAUGAGAGAUAUGAUGAGAGGAAGUGAGAAAAGUAGUGACGUCGAUUGAUCGUUAGUAUGUAGAGAAGAAGCUACAGUCAGAAGUUGUGCGAUUGUGAUGGGCGAGGAAGAAAAUAUCAACUAUGAUAAUGAGGAUGUUUCCCUGUAAUUUCAUAAUUGCAAAAUUUUCAAUGUGGAUAAAGCAUUACAAAAGUUUUUUGACAAAACUUUCUGUGAAAACUAAGAAAUGACUGUUGGGUACAGGAUAACAGUACCUAGUUUUAGUUUAACUUAGAAGAGCUGCUGAAUAUAUAAAGUACUGUAUAACUAAAAAUAGUUACAAAUUAAUAUAGUGAAAAGUUGGGAAAAAGUUUUAAUUAACUGUACUAUAUCCAGAACAAUAUGUGGAAUAUGAUGUGUGAUGUGAUGCCAACCAUUGCAGAGGACAAUAAUAGUCAACAGAGUUCUCAAUUUUCUGGAAAAGAAACUAAUUUGGAGGAACUAAUGGUUUCAGUACUUGAUGAACGAGACAAACUCAUGGACUCAUUGAGAGAAAGUCAAGAACGUCUCGAAGAGACUGAAUCUAGAUUACAGGAUCUUGAAAAAGAGAGGGAUGUCAUAAAUCGUCAAUUUGAUACUAACAUACCCAAAGAAUGUUCACAACUUACAAAAGAAUUGUCUGCAGCACAAAGGAGUAUUCAUGAAAAAGCAGAAGAAAUAUCUGAAUUGAAAGCAGAACGUAACAAUACGAGGCUUCUGCUGGAGCAUCUUGAAUGUUUAGUUUCAAGGCAUGAGCGUUCAUUGAGGACGACUGUUGUCAAGCGUCAAGCAGUCGCCCAAUCGGGGGUUUCAUCUGAAGUUGAAGUACUGAAGGCAUUAAAGAGUCUCUUUGAACAUCAUAAAGCUUUGGAUGAAAAGGUUCGUGAAAGAUUACGUGUCGCACUUGAGAGAAAUACAAACUUGGAAGAAGAACUUAGCCAUGCUAAAGAAGAGUUUCAACAGUAUAAGGUGAGUGGUCAUACAACAAAAUAUCUGGAGGAUCAACCAAAGGAAAACGGCCAACCAGAAGACAGCCAACAGCUACAACUACAAAGUAAAGGUGUAGAAAUAAACACUUGGCAGUGUCGAGUUGCGGAACUGACUAGUCGCGUAACAGAGCUCGAGGAAAUUCUUUCUAAGAGUCAAAAAGAUUUUUUAAAGUCACAGGAUACAAAUGUAAAGUUGCAACGUGAUUUACGUGAAAAUUUGGCUCAAAAAGAAGAUCAGGAAGAGAGAAUAACUACAUUAGAAAAGCGUUACCUGAAUGCUCAACGUGAAUCCAUUAGUUUGCAUGAUCUCAAUGAGAAGCUCGAACAAGAAUUGCAACAUAAGGAAGCUCAGAUCAAGUUGCAAGAGGAAAAAAUAGAAGCGUUACAAACGAAGCUAGAGCAUGCUGAACAAGAAUUAGCACAAUUUUCGAAGUUACCAGAAAUUGAAGAACAACUUAAGCAGAGGAUGGAGGCUCUGACGCAGGUGAGGAGACCAAAUCAGGCUCAAGAAAGACACGGAAGUGCUGAAGACAGAAUUCAAAGGUUAGAAACUCAACUGGACGAAAAAGCCGCUGAAGUAAUGAGAUUAAAUCAAAGACUAAAGAUGAACGAAGAACAUAAUACUAGGCUCAGCUCCACCGUAGAUAAACUUCUUUCAGAAUCAAAUGAGCGACUACAAGUUCAUUUAAAAGAACGGAUGCACGCUUUAGAGGAAAAAAAUGCACUGACUCAAGAGUUAGAAAAAAUGCGCAAGCUCGCGGAGGAUUUGCAGAAUGAAAAAGCAGAAGUUAUGAAACAGCUUGAUAAAGCACACCUUGAGAUCGACAACAUUAAAAGACAAAUGCUUCAACAAGAAAUAGCUUUUAAUAUACAGCAAACAGAUGCAUUAACAAGGAGUCUUUCACCUAAUGCUGUAGAUCCAGGAUCAUUUUCACGUAGUGCCAGCAAUGGUAGUUUUGAUACUCACUCCUUACCUCGAAGAACAGUAAAAAGAAUAGAAGAUGAAUCGAAUAAUUAUAUUGCACGAACUUUAGCAGAACAAGAAUGGGAGAAACUUCAGCAAGCUCAUGUCCUUGCAAAUGUUCAACAAGCCUUCGAUGUAUCAAGUGAUGCAGAGGGUGAUGGUGAUACAGAAAGUCUCUUGAGCUGUGCUGCUGAUGUCAUCAGUCCAUCUGGACAUGCUGAUGCCCAAACCCUUGCACUUAUGCUACAAGAGCAACUUGACGCUAUUAAUAAUGAGAUAAGACUUAUACAAGAGGAAAAGCAAAGUACAGAAGCACGAGCAGAAGAAUUGGAAUCACGAGUGGGUAGUUUGGAACAUAUGAAUUUAUUAGCGCGAGGCCGAAGUCUCGAGCGUACUUCACCUCCACUUAGCGGUAGAUCUACCCCAAAAUCACAUCACAGCCCCAAUCGAGAUUACUUGCAUAAGUAUCAUACUGCACCAGCGUCAAUGUCCCCAGCACAUCUUCACCAAUAUGCCGCGUCUUUGACUAGUCCGGGUCAACUGUCCGAGUCACUUCCUGUGAGCCAGUUGCAGCUCUCGAUCGAAGAAUUGCACACAAUAUCAGAAAAAGAUAACACUGGAGGUAUUGGCAGUGGCAGUAGCGAGGCGACUUCACCACUUACGGCUAGGUCGCUUGGACUUGAACGUGUUGUGCAGGCACUAGCUAAUGGCCAAGAGGAAAUUAGACGACGUAGCGGACAAAGCGGAUUCCCUACUGGCAGCUAUUCUAUAAACAGGCAUGGGCAACAUAACAACGGAGCACUCAAUUCUGGGACUCCGUCCCCAUUAUCUUCGCGACACAGCAGUCAGGACAGCUUGCAUAAAAACAACCUCGCCUGCGGUCUACCGAUUACUCAAUAUGCUGGAUCACAUCAUUUUCACAUGCAGGCGGCUAUGAAUUCGGCUGCGGUUGCUGCUGCACAAAAAAAGAAGGGUAUCAAAAGUAGCCUUGGCAGGUUCUUCAGUAAAAAAGAAAAAGUUAAUAAAGGCAAGGAUGUUACUAUGUCUGGCGAUAUUUCUGGAUUGGCAAGUAUCAGUAUUUCUGAUUCUGACUAUGGCGAGAUCGCAACUGGUUCAGUAGCUGGUACAUUCUGUAAUAAAAACGAUUUUGAUCGUAGAAAAAAGAAAAGUAUGCUGGAUACGUCGAGGCACGAACUAUUAACGGAGGCAAUGAAAGCUGGUACACCAUUCGCUUUGUGGAAUGGUCCGACGAUAGUUGCUUGGUUAGAAUUGUGGGUAGGUAUGCCUGCUUGGUAUGUAGCUGCUUGUCGGGCCAAUGUUAAAAGUGGUGCUAUUAUGAGCGCACUAAGCGACACAGAAAUUCAACGCGAAAUUGGUAUUAGCAAUCCAUUGCAUCGAUUAAAAUUACGACUUGCAAUUCAAGAGAUGGUUUCUCUUACGAGUCCGUCUGCUCCGAAGACGUCAAGAACAACUUUAGCGUUCGGCGAUAUGAAUCACGAAUGGAUAGGCAAUAUUUGGUUGCUGAGUUUAGGUUUACCACAAUACCGGUCUACGUUUAUGGAGUGCCUUGUAGAUGCAAGAAUGUUAGAUCAUUUAACAAAAAAAGACCUUCGAGGACAGUUACGAAUGGUGGAUAAUUUUCACAGAACAAGUUUGCAAUUUGGUAUUUCCUGUUUAAAAAGAUUAAAUUAUGAUAGACAACAAUUAGAAGACAGAAGACGUAUAGCUGAUAGCACAAAUGUUGAUGUUCUUGUAUGGAGUAAUGAACGUUGUAUUAGAUGGAUACAAUCAAUUGGAUUAAAAGAAUAUGCAAAUAGUCUUCUUGAAUCAGGAGUUCAUGGUGCACUUAUUGCUCUAGAUGAAAGUUUUGAUGCUAAUAAUUUUGCAUUGCAUUUGCAAAUACCUACUCAAAAUAUUCAAGCAAGACAAAUUCUUGAAAUGGAAUUUCAAAAUUUAUUAACAGUAGGUACUGACAGACGACUAGAUGAAAUAAAUAGUAUAAAAUCCUGAUCAAACUCAUUGAGGCUUCAAUACCUCCUACCCCAUUAUGUCUAGUCCAAAAUCCCAAUUAUUGGUAUUAUCUUUAUGAAGGUAUAUUUCAACAGUUAUAUAAAAGCUUUUUGUUCCACUUCUAAAAAAAUUUAUAUAGGACAUCAGAACGUGAUAUUUGAUAAUAUA